ACAGUUUCUCUUCUCACUCUUAGCAGUAAUAUCAGCGGCCAUCGCUGUCAUCCUCGCAGCGUUGCUUUCAGCUCCGAUGGAGCGAAGCCGCGACAAAUGGUGAUGAUGGUGACGACGACUGCGCGGCUCGGUGGCAUCCGCACUGUUUAAACCCAUAACUGUCACCGUGUUAUUUUCUUUUUUUGGCUCAAGUCGUUUUUUGUUUUCUUUUUUUUUUUUUUUUUAUAAGGAGGACGUGAGAGGAGCUCUCUUGCUUUCUUGUCGGAGAGGAUUUAUUUGUGGGGCGUAACGCAUUUUAUUGGGGGCCUCCUAGUCGUCGACCAGAGUAGGUUCCUUUGAUUGGUGCAGAUGUUAACCUUGAAUCCUAGCUGCCUAUUCCAAGAAUUUCAUUAAUUGGUGGUACAGUAAAGGCGGAGUUGGAUAUAUAUAUUUUUUUUUUAACUUUAACCACUGAAGAAUUCAACAUGGGACAGAAAGUUCCUGGUGGGAUAAAAACAGUUGAUAUGAGAGACCCUGCUUUUAGACCGCUGAAAUAUGAGCUACAAGCUCUGGAUAGCAGUAAACCUGCCCGGUUGGACAUGCUUUUAGACAUGCCGCCUGCACCAUAUGAAAUCCAGAUACAACAUUCUUGGAACAAUGAUGACCGUUCAUUAAACAUUUUUGUUAAAGAUGACAAUAAGUUAAUAUUUCACCGGCAUCCGGUGGCACAGAGCACAGAUGCAAUUAGAGGUAAAGUAGGAUAUACCCGUGGACUCCAUGUUUGGGAGAUCAGCUGGGCCAUGCGGCAGAGAGGAACACAUGCAGUUGUAGGUGUUGCGACAGCAGAUGCUCCUUUACAUUCUGUAGGAUAUACUGCCUUAGUUGGAAAUAACCAUGAAUCUUGGGGCUGGGACCUUGGACGGAACAAACUUUAUCACGAUGGGAAAAAUCAGCCCAGUAGGACCUAUCCAGCUUUCUUGGAGCCAGAUGAAACAUUUAUAGUACCAGACUCUUUAUUUGUAGUUUUGGACAUGGAUGAAGGAACCCUGAGCUUUAUUGUUGAUGGACAGUAUUUGGGAGUAGCAUUUAGGGGUUUGAAAGGCAAAAAACUUCAUCCUGUAGUCAGUGCUGUCUGGGGACACUGUGAAAUUCGUAUCCGAUAUAUCAAUGGACUUGAUCCUGAACCUCUCCCGUUGAUGGACUUGUGUCGGCGUGCAGUUCGGGUUGCCUUAGGGAAGGAACGCUUGGAUGAAAUCCACUCCCUGCCCCUUCCAGCUUCACUUAAGAACUACCUACUUUAUCAGUGAUGUUGCCUAUUCUGGUGGACUUGAAUGUUUGGGGUAAAGGAGCCUGAGAUUUGUCUUCCCCUUCUUACCUUGCAUCCUUUUGUUUUUUCUUUAUGCACAGUCUUGAAGCUGUAUUUGGCCCCCAAAAAUCUAGUGGUCCUCAACAUUUAAACUAGCAAAUCACACCACAUCUCGUGUGUGUGUGUACAAUGCAAAUGUUGCUUGUUUAAUUUGGUAUUACAACUUGUCAUUUUAAAUUAUCUAAAAAUCUUUAAGACAGUUUUUAUUUUUUGUCUGUAUUCUAAAUUGGGUUACUGCAGGGAAGAACGGCUGUAUCUGAGCAGUGUUGCACUAAGCCUCACAUUGUCAGGUUUUUUUUUUACUGUAGACACCUUUUUAAAAAAAUAAAUAAAAUAAAAUUAAUAAGCCUCAAGACUCACAAGCUCAUGUUCUCCGUAGAGAGAGAAUCCUUUUUUUUAUUUGCCUACUUAGUUAAGACUGUAUUUGAAGGAAAUUUACUGCUUGUGUUCAUAAACCUACAGUAAACAAUUAAUUGCAAAUGAUCAUUCUUUUUGUAUAGCAUCAUUAUGCUCACCAGUACAUUUAAACAGAAGGUUUUAUUUGUAGAGUUUUUGUCCUAGGCAUUGUUCCUGAAGUUUUACAAUAUUGUCAAAAGUAAUUUUUGGUAUUUAUGUGGUAGGGUCCGCUUUAUUCAAUUUUUUUUUUUUAAACUUGAAGCAUUAAGAAAGAGGAACCUUGUGUUAUAAGCUUCAAAGAAUUAAGUGCCUCUCCAAACCAAAUUUAAGGAUUGUUUUUACUCUGAUUAGAUCUAGUUUGUGUUGAACUGGAACACUAAUUGCAUCUUGAUGGCAAGGUUGUAGACUGUAAAAUCUCCUCUCUCAGGAACUUUAUAUACUCUGUAUAAUGGUUUGUUACAUUUCAUAAACUGUACAUGUUCAUGCAAAUGUACUGCUGAUGGAUUUUGGGCUACAAGGUGAAACUCAAAUAUACACAACUGAGCUGCUGCAGGUACCUGAUUUGUCCAUGAAAUAUUUAAAGCAUUUGCCUACAAUUGGAUUUAGAUAUGCAGACUGAAAAUAUUUGAAUCCUGGUUUGUAUAAUGAACCUUCCACAAUCUAAAAUUCCUUGUCAUUUGGCAGUUUUAUUUUAGCAGUGUAUGCUUGUUUUCCAAUCUGUCGUUUGUCAAUUCAGGCUAAUACUUUCAAAUAUUUUAAAUUCCUGUAUACUGUAGAUAAUGUUCUUAACAACCUAAUAAUAAAGUUUAUUAUAAAUUAAAUCUA